GGGCGACACGCGAGUGGCGGGGGACAGACCGGGGACGGUGCCGGGACGUGGUGCUAAGAGCGGCCUGGGGGCGAGGCCGUCCACCUCUGAGCCGUGUGGUGUCGUGCCCGGCCCCAGCGAGCGCAGCGCCCGGCCCUGCAGCCUGCGACGUGGCGCACGGGCCAGGCGAACCUGUGCCACGGCCUGGGAUGGGUCGGUGUGCGGCAAAGACCCCACAGGAGAGACGGAUACGCCCCUUGGCUAAUGCACCACACAACCCCGGGGCUUCCUUCCUUCCUUGGGUGUCGCUGGCCCGUAGCCACGGCGGCACCCUGAGGCAGGGGAGACUACACUGACCAGUAAAGCAGUUACGUGGGGGGUGAAGAACAGGGGUGGCCAUUGAAGUGAGGGACAUUUGAGGUGAAUGGUGCCUACAUGUGUGACGUGGUGGUGCCCAGACAGGUGGGGGACGUGGUGCCCAAACGUGGAGCUGACAUGCCAGACACAAGGAAGACAGCACACUUACAUACAGAGGGGACAAUGCCAGGACACGAGGGAGGCAUUACCAGUUCCCGGAACCAGCGGGUUAGAUGCUGAGCCUAAAGAGGUGUAGGAUGUGAAGUGCAGUGAAGAAGAUGUAAUCCUCUUUUUCCAUUCUCACUCCAAAUGAGCCCUGGCAUCACACAAGAGUGCAGGGGAAAUACAAUACAACCCCCUUUAUGCAGUCCUUUGCUGGGUGACCCUUUAAGAAAACUGGCAAUAGAGAUUGUAAACAAAGAACAAACUGACAUAAAAUAUCUCUGUCAGAGAAAGCAGUAUCUCACAUGGUAAAAACCCUCCGUCUUAAAUUCCCGCCCAGCUCUGGCUUCUUAGAGACAUGCAAGUAGAUUUCUAGAGCCUGUUUCUCCUCUCACAAGGGUAUACAUAGGAGUAACUCAACUGAAAUUAAUGAAGUUACAGGUAUGUGAAACUAUUGUAGGAGUAAAUCAGGCCACUUAUAUAAAGAUGCAACCUAUGCUAAACAAUCAUGGCUACAUACAGUAUACUACUGCUGAAACUUUGUUUGUGCAAAUCUCCUUGUUUAGAGGUGGAAGACCAGGCCCAGUGCACCAGCCAAAGGGCAAUUAGCAGAGAAGUGAUUUUAUCUAAAAGUAGGUUUUAAUUUUAAACAUCAUUGUCAGAACAGGUAAAAGUUGUCCCCUUUUUUAGAUUUGUCAUACAGUACUCUUACAAACCAGAUGGGCAAGGUUGAAUUUAACGUUACUCAAAUAUCUGUUUUUUAAAGCAGUAAUGACCAACAUGAAGGACAUUUUCUGAAAAUUAAUGACUGGCAGGAGGAGUUGAGGGCCUGAAAAAUACAGGAAAACAGGACACAUUGGUCUGUCAAGUAACACGAGGCUCUGGAGCUGAGGGUUCGUUCUGACUGUGCUCCUGCUCCUGGAUACUAGAAUUACAUUACAUUGUAGAGUCAAACGAAUAUGAUGCUUUACUGUCAGCACUGGCAGCAAAUGGUUUAGAAGAAUAUAAUGUUCCAGAUAGUAUUUUUCUUCCAACUGGAGUGGAUCUGCGCCAGGUUACUGUUCUGCCAAAGGCAGAAUGGGUAAGGAUUCGAGACAGUGUUGACAGUGCAGCUAGAGAAGCAGCACGGAUUCAUGCAGAGAGGAAAGAACGGAAAGAUAUGCACUUACGUUCCAAAGCAGUUGUGAAAAACUGGCCCAACACCAUUGCAGUACACCAUAGACCUGCCCAUGUCAUGUCAUGGAUAAGUUUAAAACAGGAUCAUAGAGAGAAGGAGAGAGUAAGAGGUGUGAAGGAAAGGUCUCCGUCUUCCCUGCAGACUGCCAAUGGAGCCGCUUGCCCACCAGGCCUCCAGUCUUUCCCUUCUCCCUACAGGAUUCUUGUUCAAAAUAUUUCAGUGGGGCCAGGCACAGAGAAAACUUAAAGCUAAAAAAUUGCGAGAAGAAAAGGAGGAAGAAGAAAGAAAACUACUUGAUCUGGAGGAAGCACAAUUUCAAGCAGCAAAGCGGAAGGAGGCCAUAGAACAGGCCAAAACUUAUCAAUAUUAUCAGAAUGAGAGAGUGAAAGGGUUACAUAAAGCACUUUUACUUACUGAGGUCCUAAAGGAAAGAGAUGCUCAGAUUGAAUUUAAAAAGACAAAGCCAGAUAUUUACAAAAAAAAGGAAGAAGAAAUGGAACGUGAGCGCGAAAAAGCUAUUCUUAAAGAGCAGGAAAAGGCAUAUGAACGCUAUAUGAAUCGACAGGCACUUUGCAGAGACCAUCUGGAACAAAUAAAGGAACAUAAGCACCAGGCCCAAUUAGACAAAUUAGAGGCAAAAAAAGAAGGUGAAGAGAUUCGACGACUGAUCGAGUUAUAUGAAUUGGAAGUGCAGAGAAAAAAUGAAAAGAAACUGGAGGAAAAACUUGAACAUAGGAAGAUGCAUUGUGCGCAUGUUGCUGACCAGGAUAUUCUUAAAGCUAUAGAGGAACAAAAACAAGAAGAGGAGAAUGAUAAAAUUCGAGCUCACUUUAGAGCAAAACAAAAUAUGGCCAAACUGAGAAGAGAAAAAGAAGCUGAAAUGAACAGGUUAAUGCAGGAGCGUAGGGAUAUUACUAUUAACCAUCUAGCUGAACAAAUGAAACAGACAUUUGAGAGGAUAGAUGAACGUGUUGCUAGAGAUGUUGCAGAGAGAGAAGCUGAGUGGGAAAAAGAGCUCAAAGAGAAAGAAGAAAAAACCAAAGCUGAAUUGAAAUCAAUUGCAGAACACAGAGCCACCGUGAUAAAAAUGAAAGAAGAGAGAGAAAGAGAGGCAAGAUUAGAGGGUAAAGAAAAGCUUCAUGAACUAAUGGAAGCAGACCGCAUCUAUCUGGAAAUGGAGAAAGACAAGAAACGAAGAAAUCGCAAUGAAAACAUAAAAAUGCAAGAGACUCAAAUCCAGCAAAUGGUUGAAAAACGGGCAAAAGAACAGCAUGAGAAACAAGCAGAAUUGAACUAUGAGGCCCAGAAAGAAGUUAUUGCAAUUUGCAAGGAGCGGGAAUUUCAAGAAUAUGCAAAUCAAGUAAUUGAUUCAGAAUCCAAGACAGCCCGAAAUAUUUAUCCUCUUCUCAAAGCAGCAAAGGAAGGGGCAGGUGGUGGGCAUGGACCAGUUUACAGAGAAAGAGGAGGAAUAAGACCUAGUUACCAAGCACGAGAUAUCAAUGGCACUCAGCUACCUUCUUAUAAUUGUAACACUACUGAAGAAAUAAAAGAGCUAAAUACCAAUGGUAACAUCCAGCAAACUAAGGGAAGACUUGGUUUUACAUGGUAAAAAUAACUCUUCGGAGUCUUUACAAAAACAAGUCCAAUAAAUCGGUAAAUGAUCCAUGUUGUAUGAAACCCAUGAAAGGAACUAGAAAAGCCAUAAGUACUAUAUGGAACGUUGAUAGGGAUCCAAGUGUAUUUUCCUAAACAUUGAAAGUUGUAUUUUACCGAAGUCACUAUGUUAAAUCAAAUAGAGAGGCAGAACUGAAUGAUGUACUGAAUGAUGUACUGAUAACCAGUGUAGAACCUUACUUUAUAUAAGGCUCAUAUUAAAAAAAUAGAAUAUUUUAGUUUCAAUUUUGUAAGUUUCAAGUUCAAUCUUUUACAGCUACUCUUGAGUACACUGUAAAGUGCUGCAUUUGGCUUCUUGCAUUGUUAUAAUCAGAGUGCUAAGGAAAAAAAUUAUCCUCAAAAGAUGCCAAAUACUUUUCAAAAGUGUAGGGAAUACAUGAGAAUCAAAUACUAAAUAACAUAUGAAAGAUCUGAAAAAAACAUUUAGUAUUGCUAAAAGUACUUUGAUACAAAUUUCACAUUCCACAUGAAAUAUUUCUUCAGAUUCCACUCUUUACUGAAUUUAAUCAAUCAGCAUGCAGAGCACUAGUUCAUUAUCAGUAUAUAAUUUCUUUUCUUUUCUCUUAAAAUCUGAAUCAACUCUUGCAACAAACUAAUAACUACCUUGCUGCUGUUACACAACUUUAACUAUAAUAGGCCCAGCUUUCAUUAACAUAGUUUUACUAAAAGAACGAGGAGUCCUUGUGGCACCUUCGAGACGAACAAAUUUAUUUGGGCAUAAGCUUUCGUGGGCUAGAACCCACUUCAUCGCUAAAUUAUUUCAUUACUAAGUUAUUCUGAGUACAAAAAAUACAUGCAAAACAGUUACAGCAAAGCGAACAUGUUGCACAUACUCAGCUUAUAUGCCAUUUUCAAGGUUCUGUGUAAAAAUAUAUUAUCAGCUUAUUAUAUAGAAAACUAAGAGGUGACUAUCAUGGUGUGCAAGUACACCUACAUGUGAAGAAGAGGGCUCUUUGAUCUAGCACACAACAAGAGGCAUAAACAAGGUCCAGUAACUGGCAGUUGAAAUUAAAUAAACUGAAACUGGAAAUAAGGUGUAAAUCUUUAACACUGGAACAAUUUAUCAAGGUAUAUAGUGGAUUCUCCAUCACUUGAAGUCUUUAAGAAUGGAUACCUUUUUAGAAGAUAUGCCAUAAUUCAAGCAGCAAUUACAGGUUUGCUACAGGAAUUACUGUGGCACUAAAUGGUCUGUAUGCUUUUAUGUAGUAGGUCACAUUAGAUGCUCCUAAUGAUUCUUUCUGGCCUUGCAGUCUGUGAAAAAGGGUUAGAUGCUUACAGACCAAUCCCUGCAAGGUUCCCUACAAACAUGCUGUCUAGUACAACAUUUUAUUUUAAAAAAUCUGAAUCAUACAUUUAUAUAAGUUCUAUUCUACUAUGUUUAAUGUGUCAAUAUUGGAAAUUUGAUUGCAAACAUGUAAUGCUUAAUGUAGAUGACUAUAGAUAUAUACACAGCUUGCAAUCUAAGGCCCUGAUCCAGCAAAACACUUCAAUACAUGCUUAGUAACUCAGAACAUGAACACAAUAGUUCUGAUGACUUAAAUGGAACUAUUCACUGUUUAAAGGUCAGCAUAUGCGUAAGUGCUUUGAUCGAUUGGGAAAAAUGUAAUUUGCCUGUAUUUCUAGUGCAGCAGGAGCCAUAUUGUGGUAAUAUAUCCUUGUAUUUGUUUUUGCACAAGUUUAAGUGUUAUCAGCAGGAGAGUAUGUGCUGCAGUGUAAAUUCCACCCUUUGAUCAACUGCUGCUGCAAAGACAGCACAGACGCAAAAGACAGCAAAGAAUAUUGUUUGGAGCUAUCUAACAAAAAUCCUGCCAUUUAAAAAAGAACAUUCUCUACAUGUAAAUGUGUAUUUUUAAUACACACAUUCUGAAUCACAUUAUAUCCCUAUUGUAACUAUAACACAGAAGCAAGGUCCAAACAACUUGAAAGUAGAGCUUUUAUACUUGUAAUUUCUUUGCUUUGGUUGAGUUGGUUCUUUAACUUUUAUAAUGUAGGCACUGUUUAUAUCUAAUCUUCCAUUCCAAACCUAUUUCUUCUCCAUCCUGCUAAUUUUUGCUUGGAACAACUGAUUUGUUUGCAAAUUGUGAUGCUUAAAAUAGAGAUAUAGAGAAUUUUUCUGAAAAACUGGAAUGUGUCAGAUUCAAAAUUUCUUUUACCACUUCAUUAAAUCAUUACUUGGGGUUUAUUA